AUGGAAUCCCCACACUUGCGAUUGAGCACGAUUCCUGUUCAGUCAACGUAUGCCUCCUUUGACGUCGAGAUUCCCGAGCCUCCACAAACCGAAGCGGGCAAAUGGACUUUCCAUUCGCAAAAGGAUUUCCCACCACCUCCACCAUUCGAAAAAAAGCUGCGACGAUACCCCACAGGAGCAGAAACUGGCUGUUCCAUACCCAUCGACCUUUCACACUUGACCGCUUACAAUUAA